CCAGCCGGGCGCCAGGCUGCUCCGCGCCGGCCUGGAGGGGGCCGGAUCCCAGACCAUGGCGACGGCGGCGGGCACCGAUAGUCGGCGCGCGGCCCUGGAGUCGGCGGCCGCGGCGCCGGAGCGGGGCGGUGGGAGCUGCGUUCUGUGCUGUGGGGACCUAGAGGCCACGGCGCUGGGCCGCUGCGACCACCCGGUGUGCUACCGCUGCUCUACCAAGAUGCGGGUGCUGUGUGAACAACGAUACUGUGCCGUGUGUCGCGAAGAGCUGCGCCAGGUGGUCUUCGGGAAGAAGCUUCCCGCCUUCGCCACAAUCCCCAUCCACCAACUGCAGCAUGAGAAGAAGUAUGACAUCUAUUUUGCUGAUGGGAAAGUGUUUGCCUUGUAUAGGCAGCUGUUGCACCACGAGUGCCCAAGGUGCCCUGAGCUACCGCCCUUCGGCCUCUUCGGGGACCUGGAGCAGCACAUGCGGAAACAGCAUGAGCUCUUCUGCUGCAAGCUGUGCCUCAAACACCUCAAGAUCUUCACAUAUGAGCGCAAGUGGUACUCACGCAAGGACCUGGCACGGCACCGCAUGCAGGGGGACCCUGAUGACACGUCGCACCGCGGGCACCCACUCUGCAAGUUCUGUGAUGAACGCUAUCUGGACAAUGACGAGCUGCUCAAGCAUCUGCGUCGAGACCACUACUUCUGCCACUUCUGUGACUCGGAUGGGGCCCAGGACUACUACAGCGACUACGCCUAUCUUCGCGAGCACUUCCGGGAGAAGCACUUCCUGUGCGAGGAGGGCCGCUGCAGUACUGAACAGUUUACCCAUGCCUUCCGCACUGAGAUUGACCUCAAGGCGCACAGAACGGCCUGCCACAGCCGGAGCCGUGCCGAGGCCCGCCAGAACCGCCAGAUAGACCUGAACUUCAGCUACACGCCACGGCACUCACGCCGGAACGAAGGCUAUGUGCUGGCCACAGGGAUUGUCAGUGGUGAGGACUAUGAGGAGGUGGACAGGUACAACCGCCAGGGCCGUGCAAGCCGGGCCAGUGGCCGUGGAGCCCAGCAGAACCGCCGAGGAAGCUGGAGGUACAAAAGGGAAGAAGAGGACCGAGAAGUGGCAGCUGCCAUCCGGGCCUCGGUGGUCACGCAGCAGCAGCAGGAGAUGCACAGGAGUGAGGACCGAGAGGAGGGCAGCAGGCUCAAGAAGGAGGAGGCAGGGGUGCGGGGGCCAGAGGAGCCCCGGGGGCCCCGGCGCCUACCUCGGACUCAGGGUGAAGGCCCAGGCCCCAAGGAAGCCUCAACAAAUGGUCCUGUAAGCCAAGAGACCUUCCCAACCACCAGCCCUGCCUCAGGGGCCACACUUCCAAGCACCCUCCUGCCCCCCACUUUGAAGCUCAAGGACGAAGAUUUCCCCAGUCUCUGCACCUCCGCUUCCUCCUGCUCUGCAGCAGCAGGCCUGGGCCCUAUGGGGCUGGCAUUGGCAUACCCUGUUCCCAUCAGAAGCAGGAGCACUUUCCAGGAGGAUGACUUCCCUGCCCUGGUGUCUUCCACCUCCAAGCCCAGCACUGCCCCCACCAGCCUUAUCUCUGCCUGGAACAGCAGCAGCAGCAGCAAGAAGGUGGUACAGCCCACCUCAGGGGCCCAGGCUACCAGCGGGGGCAGCCAGCCUCCCAGGAAGGCUGGGAAGGGAGGCAAGGGCAGCAAGAAGGGUGGGCUGCCUGUCACAGAGGAGGAGGAAGAGGAGGACAGCUGCAUCAGCCUCACUGCCCCGGAGCUUCGGAGUGGGCCCACCACUGUCGCUGUCUCCUCCCUGCUGGCGCUGGCCUCCACCCAGACCUUCACCAAAGUCGGCAAGAAGAAGAAGGUGGGCUCUGAAAAGCUGGGUGCCGCAUCACCCCCGCCAUUGCUCCCUGACAAAAAUGGCCCCCCUGGGGCUGAGCAGGCCCCCCCGGUCCCCAUAGGCAGAGCCGAGGGGCCAGUUGCUGUCAUCGUCAAUGGACACACAGAAGGAUCGACCCCAGCUCGGAGUGUUGCCAAGGAACCCCCUGGGCUCCCACGGCCCCUGGGGCCCCUCCCCUGCCACACGCCCCAGGAAGACUUCCCAGCACUAAGCAGCUCCUGCCCACCCAGGAUGCCCCCUCCCCCAGGCUUCAGCACUGUGGUGCUCUUGAAGGGCACUCCACCCCCACCACCGCCGGGUCUUGUGCCCUCCGUCAGCAAGCCGCCCCCUGGCUUCUCUGGCCUUCUGCCCAGCCCCCACCCAGCCUGUGUCCCCAGCACUACCACCACCACAAAAGCACCCAGGCUGACACCAGUGCCACAGGCCUACCUGGUCCCUGAGAACUUUCGGGAGAGGAAUCUGCAGCUCAUCCAGUCCAUCAAGGACUUCCUGCAGAGUGAUGAGGCCCGCUUCAGUGAAUUCAAGAGCCACUCGGGGGAGUUCAGACAGGGUGUGAUAUCUGCAGCCCAGUAUUACAAGAGCUGCCGGGACCUGCUUGGGGACAACUUCCAGAAGAUCUUCAACGAGCUGCUGGUGCUCCUGCCCGACACAGCCAAGCAGCAGGAGCUGCUGUCUGCACACACAGACUUCCAAGGCCGAGAGAGGCCUCCCGGCACCAAGGCCAAGAAGAAGAAGAAUGCAUGGCAAGCCAGCACCUGGCAAGCGGGCCUGGACUGCUGCGUGUGCCCCACCUGCCAGCAGGUGCUCGCACAUGGUGACGUCAGCAGCCACCAGGCUCUGCACACUGCCCGGGACGAUGACUUCCCCUCCCUGCAAGCUGUUGCCAGGACCCUCACGUAGCUCUUGCCAAGUAGGCAGAAGCGGCCACACUCAUGAGCCUCCUUUCUCCCUGGUCCUCCUAGGCUGCCAGGCAGCCAGGUAAGGCCCUGUUGAGGCCACCUGCUCAGGCCCCUCAGUUGGCCAGUCUGCCAGGGGUCACAAGGACAGCCCACCCUGCUGUGUCAGCACAGUCAGGCAGGAGUCCAUCUGGUUUUCUUCUGGAAACUGGGCCAAGACUCCUGCCUCAGUGGCGGGCCAAUCCUGGUUUGUAUCUCAUGCCUUUGGAAGGUGCCAGGGGAGAGAAGGGCCGGGAUGCAGAGACCUGUCUGUGCUGUCAGACCCCGUGGCCAGAUCUAGGACCUACUGAGUGAGCCUUAGCACCAUGGCCCGAAGCUGUGGGUCCACUGGUGCUGGAGCCAGAUUUUGAGUGUGUUGUAUAAACAGUUGGCUGUUUCAUGAUUCAAGAAUGUUCAGGAUUAAAAGCAGACACAAAAUUGUGCUACUUGAAGUUAAAUCUUUCUACGAGACAAGCUGAAUCUGGGAUCUCAAAUUGCCUCUGACCUUUUAUAAAAGUUUAUCUUCAAAUAAAUUUAUUUUGCAAUAA